CUUUAAAGCCUCCACUGACCAGCAGAGCAGCAUCAGAGUCGUCCUGACCAACGGCGUCGCUGGCGUUGGAAAAACCUUCUCGGUGCAGAAGUUCACUCUGGACUGGGCAGAGGGUUUAGAGAACCAGGAUGUGGGUCUGCUGACUCUGCUCUCGUUCAGGGAGCUGAACCUGGUGAAGGACCAGCAGCACAGUCUCCUCACGCUGCUCCGUGUUUUCCAUCCAGCGUUACAGAAGCUCACGGCAGAGACGCUCGCUGUCUGUAAACCUUUGUUCAUCUUUGACGGCCUAGAUGAAAGCAGACCUUCUCUGGACUUCAACCACAGGGAGCUUGUGUCUGAGGUCACACAGAGGUCAUCGGUCAACGUGCUGCUGACAAACCUCAUCCGGGGGAAUCUGCUUCCCUCGGCUCUCGUCUGGAUAACCUCCAGACCUGCGGCGGCCAAUCAGAUCCCUCCUGCAUGUGUGGACAGGGUCACAGAAGUACGAGGCUUCACUGACGCCCAGAAGGAGGAGUACUUCAGGAGGAGAUUCAGUGAUGAAGAGCUGUGCAGCAGAAUCAUCUCACACAUCAGGACGUCCAGGAGCCUCAACAUCAUGUGUCAAAUCCCAGUCUUCUGCUGGAUCAGUGCUACAGUUCUGGAGCACAUGUUGACCACAGACCAGAGAGGAGAGCUGCCCAAGACCCUGACUGACCUGUACUCACACUUCCUGCUGGUUCAGACAAAGAGGAAGAACAACAAGUACGGUAAGAAGAGGGCUGACAGGGACGUUCUCCUGAAGCUGGGGAGGCUGGCACUUAAACAUCUGGAGGAAGGAAACAUCAUGUUCUACCAAGAAGACCUGGAGCGGUGUGGUCUUAAUGUCACAGAGGCCUCGGUGUACUCAGGAGUUUGUACUGAGAUCUUCAGAAGAGAGUGUGUGAUCUUCCAGAAAUCAGUCUACUGCUUUGUUCAUCUGAGCGUUCAGGAGUUCUUAGCUGCAGUCUACAUGUUCCACUGUUACACAGAAGAACUCAAGAACUUCUUGGGAAAAUAUGGGAACACAGACAGUACCUUGUCCCUGGAUGACCUCCUGCAGAAAACCAUGGAGAAAUCCCUCACCAGUACAAAUGGUCAUCUGGACCUGUUUGUUCGCUUCCUUCACGGCCUCAGUCUGGAGUCCAACCAGAGAGUCUUAGGAGGCCUGCUGGGUUGGACAGGGAACAAUCCAGAGAUCAUCCAGAGAGUCAUCAACAACCUGAAGGAAAUGGACAGUUAUAACAUUUCUCCGGACAGAAGCAUCAACAUCUUCCAUUGUCUGACUGAGAUAAACGACCACUCAGUUCAUCAGCAGAUGACACAGUUCCUGACGUCAGAGAACAGAUCAAAGGAGAAACUCUCUGAGAUCCACUGCUCAGCUCUGGCCUACAUACUGCAGAUGUCAGAGGAGGUUCUGGAUGAGUUGGACCUGAGGAAGUUCAACACAUCAGACCAGGGUCGAUGGAGACUGAUCCCAGCUGUGAGGAACUGCAGGAAGGCUCGACUCGUUGGUUGUGGACUCUCAGAGACUCACUGUGAAGUCGUGGCCUCAGCUCUGAAGUCAGACCCCUCACAUCUGAGAGAACUGGAGCUGACUGGAAACAACUACCUGCUGGAUUCAGCAGUGAAGCUGCUGUGUUCUGGACUGGAGAGUCCAAACUGUCGACUGGAGACUCUGAGGUUGGAUAGCUGCUUUCUGUCAGAGAUCAGCUGUUCUUCUCUGGCUUCAGCUCUGAGGUCAAACCCCUCUCAUCUGAGAGAACUGGAUCUGAGUAACAACGACCUGAAGGACUCAGGAGUGAAGGAGCUGUGUGGUUUUCUACAGAGUCCAACCUGUCGACUGGAGACUCUGACGUUGAAGGUCUGCAGCCUGUCAGAGAUCAGCUGUUCUUCUCUGGCUUCAGCUCUGAGGUCAAACCCCUCUCAUCUGAGAGAACUGGAUCUGAGUCUAAACAAAGACCUGCAGGACUCAGAAGUGAAGGAGCUGUGUGGUUUUGUACAGAGUCCAACCUGUCGACUGGAGACUCUGAGGUUGAAGGUCUGCAGUCUGUCAGAGAUCAGCUGUUCUUCUCUGGCUUCAGCUCUGAGGUCAAACCCCUCUCAUCUGAGAGAACUGGAUCUGAGUCUAAACAAAGACCUGCAGGACUCAGGAGUGAAGGAGCUGUGUGGUUUUCUCCAGAGUCCAACCUGUCGACUGGAGACUCUGGGAUUGAUUGCCUGCAGUCUGUCAGAGAUCAGCUGUUCUUCUCUGGCUUCAGCUCUGAGGUCAAACCCCUCUCAUCUGAGAGAACUGGAUCUGAGUGACAACAACCUGCAGGACUCAGGAGUGAAGGAGCUGUGUGGUUUUCUACAGAGUCCAACCUGUCGACUGGAGACUCUGGGGUUGUGGGACUGCAGUCUGUCAGAGAUCAGCUGUACUUCUCUGGCUUCAGCUCUGAGGUCAAACCCCUCUCAUCUGAGAGAACUGGAUCUGAGUAACAACGACCUGCAGGACUCAGGAGUGAAGGAGCUGCUUGAUCUACAGCAGAGUUCAACCUGUCGACUGGCGACUCUGAGGUGGGAGGGGUCUCCGUGGAGCAUAGUGUGAAGAGGACAGUGUGUGUGGACGGAGGCUGAGCAGUGUCCUGAGGAUCCAGAGACUGAAGCAGCAGCAGCUUGUGUGAAGAGCAGUUCAAUGACUUCAUGAAAAACAUGUGAACUCACAUUUAGAUGAUUUUCAUUCUCUCUGGAUUCUUCACACAUGUGUUCAUAACUGAUCUGCCUGUUCCUGCUCAUGUACAAAGAGAUAAACGUUUUAAACAA